AAUUGAGCCUUGCUGCUCUGCUGACGAACCCCUGCAAGCUGUCAACAUUAACAACAAGUAUCCUGCCUUCUGGUUCAUAAGUUACCCACUGUCUCGCUUCCGUCAGGCAGAAUGGGUCGCAGUUAUAUAGUAGAAGAGGCCGUGGAGGGAUAUCUGACGAAACAGUGUGAACAAGCAGGUCCAGUCACAGGCCUGCUAAUUGGACAGAGCUCAACCCAGAGGGAGUUUGUCGUCACGGCAACUCGGACGCCCCAAAGGAAGGAGUCUGCUGCAGCGGCUGGAAACUCUCUGGACAAGGAUUGGGUGACUGAGCAUGCUCGACAGGUGUCUCGGAUGCUGCCCGGAGGCCUGUCUGUAUUGGGAGUGUUCAUCGUCGCUGACACUGACGCCAAGGACACAGUAACCACACUCCGACAGCUGGUCUUUGCCGUGGAGAACCUGAUCUCCUCGGAGCGUCUGUGGAACCCUGCAGAUGAUGACGUCACCGACAGUGUCGUGCUGCAUGUCAACCCCAAAACCAGGAAAAUCUUCUGCAGAACCUUCGACGUUAAAGAUUCCAAGAGCGUGGCCAAGCCUGCAGACUGGAAGUACCAGUCGGGUGUGUGUUCCUCCUGGAUCACGGUGUCCUGUUGUUUAAGCAUGGACCUGUUGGUGCCACUGCCAGACAAUAGAACCGAUACGGAGGACAUGGAUACAUGUCUAAAGGAGGGGCUCAAAGUGUGGGCACACCAGCUGGAGGGCGGAGUUUGUCUGAUCGAUGGGAAAAAGCUGGCGGAUGACUCAGAGCUCGCAGGAGGACAGAAGAGGAAUGUGAGACAGACGUACACAGCUCAGCUACUCAUCACACCGGAGGAGCGGAGGUCAACAGAUGUGGUCCAGCGGUGUGGAGGCAGCGUGUCGGUCAGAGGAGCUAUCCACAGCAGAGCUUACCUGCACAGCAACAAACCCAAGGCCAAACUGGCCGAGAAGCUGCUGAAGAGGGACAUGAUCUCUACGGUGGCCACGAGGGCUCAAAUACUGCUGGAGGAGCUGCUGACGUCACAAGAGGACAAACACCAGAGAGAGCAAUUCUGUCUCCCUCAUCGUGUCUUCUGUCCGGUGAAAGGGAGCGGGCCGGUGUGUGUGUGUGACUACCACUUCAGUGACGAGGGCCUGUCUGAGGUGACUGACAGGCUGAAGGAGAUGCUGGAUAUUGAUGUAGCCAAGAAUGACCUGGAUACCAGGCAGGAGACGCCCGCUGAAGUCCUAGAGAGAGAUGCUGCAGCGGAGCCCACCGUGGAAACCAUUGAAGUGCUGGAGCCCAAGAGGAACAACUACAUUGGUAAAACACUUUUCCAGUGUAACGCCUACAAACAUCCUUAUAACAUCAGCACAACAGCCAAUAAUCACAUGGACCUUCUGCCACCUCGUUACAACAUUGUUAGCUCAUGCUAGUCUCGAGUCGAGUGGGACAAAUGUGCUCCAGGAAGUUCUAAUUGACCAGGCGAUAUCAUUGGUUCUCACAAGCAAACAGUGCGUAAUGUGUGCGGUUUGUUCCCUGCCCCUUUUCCCAGCAUGCACUGUGCAGGGAAUUGAUUUCUCCACAGAGGAAGUGGAAGGUGGCAGAAUUGAUGGUUUGUUAGCUUGUGUUUGGUGUCGUUUCAUCAUCACCCGUCUACAAUCACUGCACUAAGAUAAUCAAUCUGCUGUACUAGAACGGUCACACUUACCACUUUUUAAAUGUGUUACCAAUCAGUGUGUCCUAAUUCUCCUCUCUGUUGUUUAGGUGUUGCCAUGGCUACUGCCGUCGCCCUUCUUGCCACUGCUGCCUCGCUGCUCUAUCUCAAUGACGUUUGAUACACACAUAUAUGCACACG